UUUAAACUUUGUAAACUUUGUAUUACCUUUGUUGAUGCAUUAAUGUUAGUUUUUGUUCUAUGAAGCAAAAAUAAAAAAGUUCAAUGACACUCUUUCAAUACACUACUUCCCAAUAAUUAGCUACUCUUGCGGCCUUCCUUCUAGUUCCCAACUCCCCCGCCCUCUUCUUCUAACGCAACUUCACCCGCUCAGUGCACGAAGGAUUACGUUCUGCGGUUUUCGUUCAAUUGAAAGGACAUAGAUUCAAUCCAGUCGAUAGAUAUAUAGAUUUAAACAAAGAGAUUCGAGCUGGCGGGGAGAAGAUUUUCUGAAGAAAUGGACGAUUCCGAAGAUGAGGAAAGGUACUCGCAUAAACCCAGUUCUGGCUUCAGCCUUUCUUCUCGAUCAAGACGCCAAAUUAGGAACCCUAGUUCUUUUCCUAAAAACACCAAUUUUAGUCGGUACAAGAACGAAUAUGAAUACGAUGAUACUGAGGAGUCUGAUGAAGGAGGAGAUGAUCCAGAAUUCAACGGAGCAGAGAAUGGGUACGAUUUCAGGAGCAAGAAGAAAAGGAAGAUGGAAUCUUUAGUAUCAAACUAUGAGUUUGCCCCUCGUGCUGCUGGAAAUCCACAAGGAUCACUUCGAGGAGGAGGGAGUUCGCGGGGGCAGUGGAGUGAGGAAGAGAGUUUCGUGCUGUUGGAUGUGUGGGGGGAGAGAUAUUUGGAGCUGGGGAGGAGGAGUUUGAGGGGUGAGGAUUGGGUUGAUGUGGCCGAGAAGGUGACAGAGAUGAUUGGGGUGGAGAAGAGUGAGAUUGAUUGCAGGAAUCAGCUGGAUGUGUUGAAGAAGAAGUACAAGAAGGAGAGGGAGAAGAUGGAGAAAAUGGGCGGUGGGUUUUCAAGCAAAUGGCCGUUUUUCAAGAAAAUGGAUGUAUUGAUGAAUUUGAGGAUGAAAGGGCAUUGUGGGUUGAGCUGUGGGGUUGAUUCUGGGGAGUAUGUUUUUAUGGACCCUAGAAUGUACUUAGAUAGGUCUAAUGUGAUGGAUGAGAUGAGGGAUAGUCCUGUGGGCUCGGACGUGGAAAAUGAGGAAGAGAAAGAAGAGGUGGGAGAAGAGGCGGGAUGGGAGGAAAAUGAGGAAUCUGCCAAGUUGUUAGCAGAGUCUAUUCAAAGGUUUGGCGAUAUAUAUGAGAAGAUUGAGAAUGGAAAGAGGAAACAAAUGAUGGAAUUGGAAAAGAUGAGGUGGGAUUUCCAGAGAGAGUUGGAGAUGCAAAAGAAGCAAAUUGUUGAGAGGGCCCAGGCAGAAAUUGCAAAUCUAAGAGAUUCAGAUGAUAGUGGCGGGGAUGAUGCCAACAAUGAUGAUGACAACCGCGACGAAGACGUCGAUGAUAAUCAGGGCGAAGAGGAGGAAGAUGAUGAUGGUGGUGGUGAUGAUGAUGAUGAGGAUGAUGAUGAUGGUGCUGAUGAUGAUGAGGAUAAUGUUUCAACGGAGAAGCUCAAUGGGUGAUGNGUGAUGGUGAUGGUGAUGGUGAUGGUGAUGGUGAUGGUGAUGGUGAUGGUGAUGAUGAGGAUGAUGAUGAUGAUGGUGCUGAUGAUGAGGAGGAUAAUGUUUCAACGGAGAAGCUCAAUGGGUGAUGCAGCUUGUAGGUGGAAGAAGAAGACAGUUAGCGAGCCGUGGACCUCAGUUCUUGGACUCUUUUUUUUUCCUUUGUAUUUUAAGUAGAUAUUGAACAAAUUGGCUUUGAACAUAAUUUGCAUUUUGUCGGUUUAUUGAAAUUUUGUAUGCCCGUUUAAUAGUUCCCAUUUGGUAGCUUGACAUUUCUGUUU